AUGCUCGAAUGGUACAGCCUCUCCCGGCGCUUCACCCUCCUCCGCAAACAGGCCGGGGACGCCUACUCGCUCGACGAGCUCCGCACGCGCUUCGCCGAUCAGCGCGCGCGCGGGAGCACGAACCAAGUCACGGAGGAGGAGGAGGAAAUGAUCCUCGAGACCCUCGGCAAGCUCCGCUCGUCCAAAGCACAACCACAAUCCCAGACCUCGUCUAUCGGACAAGAUGGGAACGAAGGGUCGGACGAGAGCCUUUCCGACUUGCCCUCCCGCCAGCCCUUUCCACCGAACACCCCUAUAUCCCCAGGAGGAGGAGGAGGAGGGCGCCCUAGCAAGCGAUACAGCAACAAUCUCUUCGGCUCGCCCUACCACCGCGACCACACGACCUACCUCCGCUCCACCGCCUCCCCGCCCACCUCGCCACGCGGCACGACCACGACCACCUCCUUCUCCGGCAGCGGACGCAGCGCGAUCUCCACCACGUCGAGCGACUUUGCGGGCGCGGGGAGGGGCAUGAGCAGCUCGAUGUGGUCCCCCGCGUUGACGCCGGAGAACGGGACACCCGGCGCCAGUGCACCCUCCACGCCCAACCUCACCUCCGAAUUCAACCUCACCUCUUCCUCCUCGCUCUCCGCGUCGCUCGCGGACCAGCUGCGCUCCUACGCCGACCGCACGCCGCCUUCCAGGAGCAACAGCACCAGCGGGAGCCACAGCGGAAGUGGGAGAGAAGGGAGAGAGAGUGCGAGCGGGAGGGAGGGCUUCCGGAUGUCGCGCACGUUCAGCCCGGCUGACCUCAGGCGGGUCUCGCUCUCGCUCGACGCCGUGCUGGCCGAGAUGGAGGAGGAGGCGGAGGACGAGAUCGUGAUGCCGCGCACGCCGGUCCGCGCGUCGACGUCGCGUCCCGCGCAAACGCAGCCGCAGCCGCUUUCCACCGACGCGGCUUCUGCGACGCCUGCCCUCUACGACUCGAGGCCUGCACAGCAGCCUGCUGCUCAGUAUGCCACGGACGCCGCUUCCGCCUACGAACCUGGCCAAGCGCUCGCCAUCUCGCCGGACGUACCCGCGCACGCCGAGGACGACGAUUCCGUCGCGGCGCCCAAAACGCCCUCUCCGCCAAACGCGCACUCGGGCUCGAGCUCACCGACGCCGCGCCUGCCGGGCUACAUCCCGGGCAUGCCGCGUCCCAUGACACCACGCGAGACCACGUUCACACCCCAACCCACCUCCCCCGCCACCAACAGCACGGAGUCUGAGGGCUUCAACCGCCCACACUCGACGACACCGCGCCCGCGUUCGCCCCAGGCCGUGAGCCGGGCAGCCAUCACCGCCGCCGCGCUUCCCAUCGGCGUCGCCUCUUCUACGACCACCACCAGCACGCGCGCACGGUAUCAACACCACUCUCCGUCUUCCUCCGCGUCCAACCUCUACACCCAAUCGUUCCUUGCACGCAGCACCAACGGGCGCUUCACUCCCGACCAUGGUCCCUCGCCGUCUACGUCCACUGCCUCAUCCCACGCAUACACCGCAAGCCGCGAUCUCUCCUCCCCUACGCCCUCCAUCCUAUCGUCGCGCCAGCGCCCUACCUCGCCCCUAUCUCGUGCGCCCAUCCAGCCGCCCUCGCGCCCGACCACACCAGGCUCCCAAAUAUCGCGUCCGACCACGCCCUCUAACAUCACCUGGCAGCUCUCCAAGUCAUCCUCCGGGGACACUGCCACGCCCCACAACAACAACAACAAUAACAACGGAGGGGCGGGGCAUAGUCGGAACGCGAGCUGGGCGAGCAACAUCGCGAGCUCGGACGUGCACGCCGUGCUUGACCGCUCGCGCUCCCUGCGUUCGCCCCCUCUGCCGGAUUCCCCCACGAUGGGGCUCAGGCGAGACGACGGGGACCUCCUCGCGCGCGCGGGCUCGCUCACGCGCUCACUGCGUUCUCCCGCAUUACCAGACUCGCCCGCGAUCGACGGUGCCAGGGGUGGCGGCCUGGGCCUGGGCGGCAUGACGACCGCUGCGGCUGCGGCUGUGGAGACGGUCGCGUCAAGACACGAGAGGCAAGAGAGCCGAGCAUCGAACGUGUCCAGGAUGGAACUUGGCUCGCCCGUCGCGGCCCCCAACCGCGCGCUGUACUCGCCGACGCCGACCCAGGACGCGACGCAUCGCUCGAACCCGUCGAGCUCGACCACCACCUCCGCAAGCUCGUACGGCCACGUUAACGGCAACGGAAACGCGCGCUCGGCGUCGCCUACCGUGCACGGGCACGCGAACGGCGCGCGCCUGGCGGAUGACUACGACGCCGCACCCGCGUCGCCGUUUUCGCUCAGCUUCGGGCCCGCGAGCCACGCGCUGUCCCCGCACGCGGGCUCGUCGCGUUCCUCGCUCGACUCCGUCGGCUCCUCCUACCAUUCGGACGACGGCGCCACCGAGCGCCGGCGCGACCUCGACGCGCUUUUCUUCGGCGCGGAUCCGCGCCCGGCCGCGUGGCACGAGCUGCCGACGCCGGGAACGUCACCGGACGACUACGACGAGGCGGAGGAGGUCGUGCGUCAGGUCGCGGGCAUGAGCCGCGCGGAUUUUGUCGCGAUUCAGGACAAGCUUGUCGCGGCCGCCAAGGCGAAGGAGAACCCGAGUCAGGAAGCGGGGGCGGGAGCGUCGGGCAUCAGUGGGCGGCCGCCGUCGUUGAGGCGGAGAAGGCCGAGCGUGUCGCAGUCUUUCAGGGUAUGUGGCUCGUACUUUCGCGUGGGCUUGGUGGCGAGUCCGGACCGUAUCGCAAGCCCUCCUCCGCGCAUUGCGAGCCCUCCCCCUCCGACCCAAGCGCAGCCUAUCGUCCAGCCCGCGCCAGCACCGGCGCCAUCUUCGCCGACUCCUGCCAACGACAAGCUUUCGAAGGCGAAGGGUCUCCUGGACUCGGUCAUCGACGACAUCGAGUCGCCCCGCGCCAAAACGCGGACACUGCCGGAGAGCGCGCCGCCCUCGGCCUCGGUCAUCGUGCAAUCGCCCACGGAGCCCAAGCUCACCCCGUCGCCGCCGCAUCUCUCCAGCCCGGAACGGCGAGAACGGGACCUGGCGGAUGCGCUGUUCGGCCCAUCGAGUGGGAUCGGGAGCCUGUCGAGCUCGCUGAGCUCUUCGGAGCCUCCCACAUCCACCUUCGCACCUUCCUCCGAGACCGUUGUCUCUCCUGACGUUCUGUCGCCCCGAUCUCCUCAGCUGCCAGAGAAUGCGACCCAUGCCGCAGAGGCACCGCCCAGUACGCCCUCGCUCACGCCUUCCUCGCACGGCGUCUCUCCCGCUCCCACCACGCCGUCCCUUAGUCCGACCGUCAACGCGGAGCUCGCGUACCAGGUCCAGCUUCGCGCCGAGGCAGCCAUGGCCGCGCUCCGCAAGUCGCCCUCGAACUCCAAGCUCGCCGAGGCCGGCGCGCGCGAGCCGCCCGCGCGCAAGCGCAUCAAUCCGAACCAAAUCUCGACGCCGAGGCUCGAGUUCGCGUCGACGAGCGUGGACACGAUCCCGCUGCGCUCGCCGUCGGUGAACUCGACCAUGCAGCAGCAGGCGACGGUCGCGGCGAAAAAGUCGGUCGGCCAGCGGUUCCGAAACCUCCGCGGCACGCUGCGGUCCAAAAACGCGCUCCUGCCGCCCGACGGUGCGGCGCACGAUAGCCACGAUCUGCACAGCCCGCCCGCCUCCGCGCCGCCCCUUCGACAGCAGGAGGCCGCCAGCCCGAGCAUCCGCUUCCACCCUCCUCCCGCGAGCGCGACGACGGAAUCUGGCAACGGCAGCAAGCCGACCGUGCCCAGUCCUCCAGCAUCGGCUGGGCCUGGGCUGAAAGGCUUCAUGUCCCGGUUCCGCAAACAUAGGCCAGGAGAACCUACGUCUCAGGCCGAACGCCGUCAACCUCCAGCUCCUCUGCCGCUUGGCACUCCGUCAUCUUCGGCGGCGUGGCCGUCUUCUCAGCCUAUCCCCGUCCCUCUGCAUGAAGCACGAUCCGCUCCUGCGUUUGGAAGCAGCAAUUUCCCGAGCACCCCCGGUGCAUCCUCGCUGGCCGCCCAAUCCCCUCAGUCCUCCCAAUCAGCCAGUUACGCGUUUCAGCAGAUCAAUGGUCCGCCCGAUGCCCGCUCGCCUGUUUCGGUCCAAUCCGCGACAUUUGAGUCCGCACAAUCUUCGCCUCCUCCUGUCCCGUCGAAAGCGCCUGCGUCAGAUACCGAGACGGGCAUUGAGUCACAUGAUUCGGUUUCCCAAGCCGAUGAGACCGCGCUCAAGCAGCUCUUUGAUGCCGCUUCGAACCUUGGGGUAGACCAGGCAGCCUUGAAUGAAUUGCUCGCCCGCUCCGGGUCGAAGUCCUCGCGCUCGACCGCCUGGACCAUGCUCUCGCGGAACAACUCCGCGCUGAACAGCUCUAGGCAUCGCCGGGCCGACACCAGAGAGUCGAACCUUGGGAACUACUCGCCAGCACCGUCGGAAGGCCGGCCGAGUCUCGAGACCUCCUAUUCGCGUCCCACCACAGCCGACACGCGUUCCAGUCUGGACGGAUUUUCCCCGCGGUCCACGGUAGCCACUGAGGGAGCGUCCGCGGAUCUAUACGCCUCCAAGUCUGGCGCCUCCCUCGAAGGCUUGGGUAUCCGGGGUUCUCAGUCACCGAUAUCGCGCUCUGCGACUAUCCGCCCUGUUGCCGUCGAUGAACCGACCGUGAAGCAACCAUCAGCCCUACGGUCCUUGGAGACCCGCAAAGGGCGGGAAAGCAUGGCGAACGCGACGAGAAGCACGAUCGUGAGGCGGACACUGAUAUUCCCGUCCGACGUGAAGGCGGCAGGUCUCGACUUAGGUUCACUAUCGCGCAAAAACUCGGCGCGGAAGUCUCGGAGGGCGAGCGCGGGCUCCACGUACUCCAGCCGUUCUGUGCACGAUCGUGUACCGACCCCGCCACCCCCACGUUCUGGUGGGUUACGUCGAUUCUCCAAGGAAGCUUCGCCUCCCGUCCCGCAUCUGCCCACGCCGUUUACACGACCGUCGGAUAAUCUCACUGUACCGAUGUCGGCGCCUGCAGGAACUCUAGAACAUUCCAGCUCGACAUAUGAUUCGCUUUACGAUAUGUAUGCCGGCGAUGGCGGUGUGACGAGUGAUGGGCAAGAAGGGGGGAACGGCAAAUUGGAUUCUGACCCAUCAGAUAAUCAGGGCAAUCGGCCCGCGCUGGAAGUUAUCGAGUUGGCGAAUGGAGAGACGAUUUGGUCAAUUGUGAAUGGAUUACGCGACGAUGAUGGUGAUGAGGGCUUCUACGGCGACCGUCUCAGCUUUGCCUCGGAGUACUCGCUCCACGACAGCAGCGAGGGCGUGCAGCUAUUCUUUAAGGAGCACGCGCGUACAGGCUCCAAAGACAGCAACGCUUCGUAUUUAUCCCGCAAGAGCAAGAAGGGGCCCGCCAACCGUCCCGAAACCAAAGUCUUCUACAGUUCACCCACCCAGAUAGCCCGACUUAUCGAGAAGAUGUCCCAAGGCGUCGAUUCGGGGUCAUUCAACAUCAUGCCUACGUCGGCAAGGGGACAAUCAGUGGCGUCCUCUUCCCUGCACUCCGAUAGUUCUCAGCAUUGGACCGUCGAGGAAAGACUGGAUCGAAUGCUUGGUAGCCUGGAUGCGCAGUCGUAA